CCCUCCCCCACCCCACUCCCCUCCUCUCCUCGCCUCUCCCAUUGGAGCAGAGCCACGAGCCAUAGCCCCUGGGCCCGUCGCCUCGAGCCAUCUCCGGCGAGAAUCGUCCGCAUCUCGGGCGCCCGCCCCGUCCACCAUCCUCCUCCGCGCCGCAGCUUCCCGGAUUCCGCCUGCGCCGCCGUACCGGACCUGCACCGCCGCCGCCGCCGCGCUCCCCCGGAGUCAAUCCGCUCCCGAACACGCCUUCAGUUUGUUUUGUAUAUUUUCGAUUGUUUGAAAUCAAUUAUGCGCCCUCCGUGCUAGAAACGGAGUCGGAAUCCAUCCCCUCGACGGUUUCGUUCCUCUCCGCCGCCCCGCCUAUAUUUAUUGCCUCUCCCCAUCUCCUGACCUGCGCAGCCUCCAAUCCAAUCUGACCGCUGUGCCCUAGACCUGCCGCCGCGCCGUAGCUCAGCGCGGCCGCCGACGCCCCCCCCCCCCCCCCCCCCCCCCCCCCCCGUCGUCGCGGCCAUCGCCGUCUCUGUUCGGCCUCGUCGUCGGUUAAACUCCACUGCCCCUCCACCAGUUUCGGCCGGCACGCCGUUAGAUCCGCCGUUCAGGGAGGGUUUCCGAGGAUUGAACCGUGGAGCCUGGCCCUCCAGCAGCCAGGCGCCGGUGAAGACAAGGAGUCGGUCUGCUUCUGCUGUCGUAGGGUAGUGCGACGUGUAGCCUCAGUUUGAUUCCACUGCUGUAAUAUAUUUUUGGUGUUGUAUUGAACCCUACCUUGUAAAGCUGGUAUCCCCAGCAUCUUUGCUUUGUAUAAAGCUUGUACAAUCAACCUUUCAUUGAAAAAUAAAAUAAAUAAUAAUUUGGAAGCCUUGAUGGCGAAGAGCAAUCCUGGUUAUCUUGGCGUCUCCGAGCCAAUCUCAUUAGGCGGGCCAACUGAGAAGGAUGUCGUACAGACAGCCGAGGUCGAAAAGUUUCUUGCUGAUGCGGGCUUGUAUGAGAGUCAAGAGGAGGCUGUCUCGCGAGAAGAGGUCUUAGGCAAACUUGACCAGACUGUGAAAACUUGGAUUAAGAAGGCCACUAGGGUGAGCGGUUAUGGCGAGCAGUUCGUGCAAGAAGCAAAUGCUAAGAUCUUCACAUUUGGUUCAUACCGCCUUGGGGUGCACGGUCCUGGUGCAGAUAUUGACACUCUAUGUGUGGGUCCAAGACAUGCAACUCGAAAUGACUACUUCUUCAGGUGUCUUCACGAUAUGCUAGCCGAGAUGCCAGAAGUUUCUGAAUUACACCCAGUACCAGAUGCUCAUGUGCCCGUUCUGGGGUUCAAACUUUGUGGGGUGUCUAUUGACCUUUUAUAUGCAAACCUUGCACAUGUGGUGAUUCCUGAUGAUCUUGAUCUUUCUCAGGACUCCAUACUGCACAAUGUUGAUGAACAGGCUGUUCGUAGUUUAAAUGGGUGUCGAGUUACUGAUCAAAUAUUACGAUUGGUCCCAAACAUUCCGGUAUGUGUCACCUGUUUCUCAAGUAAACAUGUCAAUAUUAUUCUAUGGACUAAAACCUAUUUGUUUUCUCAAAUCCAGAGUUUUCGCACAACCUUAAGGUUCAUGAGAUACUGGGGGAAGCGCCGUGGGGUGUACUCAAACGUUAUGGGAUUCUUGGGUGGCAUAAAUUGGGCAAUUCUUGUUGCUCGUAUAUGUCAAUUGUAUCCAAAUGCAUCGCCCAGCAUGUUGAUAUCUCGUUUUUUCAGAGUCUACAGCCAGUGGAAGUGGCCCAACCCUGUUACACUUUGCCAUAUUGAGGAGGGUCCUCUUGGCCUCCCUGUUUGGGAUCCAAGAAGAAACUUCAGAGACAGGGGCCAUCAGAUGCCUAUAAUUACACCCGCCUAUCCUUGUAUGAAUUCUAGUUAUAACGUAUCUACUAGUACUAGGUAUGUGAUGAUCCAAGAAUUCACACGAGGAUACGAGAUCUGCCAGGCAAUAGAUGAAAAUAGAGCAACCUGGGAUGAUUUAUUCGAGCCAUAUCCAUUUUUUGAAUUAUAUAAAAAUUAUUUGGAGGUUGGUAUCACAGCGAGAAAUGAAGAUGACCUCAGGAAUUGGAAAGGUUGGGUAGAGUCUCGCCUUCGGACGCUUGUAUUAAAGUUUGAACGAUAUACUCAUGAGAUGCUCCUUGCGCAUCCGCAUCCCAGAGAUUUCUCAGAUGGAUCCAGGCCGCGGCAUAGUUUUUACUUCAUGGGUCUUUGGAGAAAACAAACUGCCCAACCUCAAGAAGCUGAGCAAUUUGAUAUCAGAGGAAUCGUAAAUGAGUUUAAGAACGCAGUUCUUGCUUAUGCACAUCGGAGAGAAGGAAUGGAUAUUGAAGUGUCCCAUGUAAAAAGAAAAGAUAUCCCUGUAUUUGUCUUUCCUGGUGGAGUGCGCCCUCCUCGUUCUUCCAGAACAGUAGCUAGGAGCAGUCGCACCGUUUCUAGGAACGUUGUUACAGCUGAUGGUCAAGUUGGAAAUCAAUUGGGCACUGAAAGUUGGAGUGAUCCUCAAUCUGCUCUAGAUCAUUCUGGUGGCUAUCAAAGUACUUCUUUGUUGGUCCCCAGUGUAUCAAGUAAAGAAACCCAAAGUAUUUUGAAUGGGCAUCCAAAUCUUCACACAGAAUCACUUGAGCAUGAACAUCCAGGGCACUUACUUGGAAGUACAUCUGCUCCUGGGAACAUUGCUGUGUUGGAUGUAGUUACACAACCUAACAGUAUGCCAUCUACUUCAAGCAAUGGUGCUCCAACAAAUGGGUUGGACAUGUGUUUCAGUAGUUUACACAGGGAAGCUGAGAGGAUUCCUGCAAAUAAUCCUGUGAAUUUCUCUCCGGCUGUGGUUGAUGAGCUUGAUGAGCUGGCAUCGUAUCAAGCUAAGCCUGACAAUAAACAUGUGCUUCCUGUUCAUGGAUCAUCUUUGGAAGGAUGUUCUGGAAGGACCGUGGGGCAAACAUGUAAUUUGAGUUCUCAUGGUAAUAAUCAUCUGAAGCGCAAGGCUGAGGAAGAGCUGGAGCCACUUGAGCUUGCUGGCCCGCCAGUUGGCGCUACUCGUGCAUCAACAUCAACUGUUCAAAGAAAGCCCCUCAGGCUUAGAUUGUCAACUGUGCCGCAACCAAAACAAGCUGAAUGAAGCUCCUGAAUCCAACACCAGGCCAACGCGUCAUGAAGAUACCGAGGAUAGGACAAUUACAACGAGAGCUUUCAAUUUUCAUUUUAUUAUGUUCAAAUGUAAACAUCCACUGUAGGCCAUUGUAGGCCAACUUUUUCUGCGCGGAAAAAAGUACAAGAGAAAAUGUUGUAAUUUACGACCUUUUUAACCGCAGCACAUGCUGUUUGCGAUCUUGGAAUCUUCUCAUCUUUGCUUGGCUUGUGUAUUCACUGUAAGAGACAUAUGUUCUGCUAAUAUAAUUUAUUUGUCAAUAAAUGCCAGCCUUGUGCAUAAUUUGAACGAA